AUGUCAACCCCAAAUGAGACCGACCAAUUUAAUGCACAAGUAAAAAGAACUAGCGAGCGGAUUAGAAGUAGUUCAGCAACCCCUCCAGAAAAUCAGUCUGUGGGAAAGAAGACGGACAAGCCAGAUGGAAUGUCGACCAGUUCUCAGUCAGCAAGUGCAAGUUUGACAGCCGGGGAAGUCAUAGAUGCAUCACCUGCUCAAGGACGGAAGGGUCAGAAAGGCAAAAAGGUGGGAGACGUGGUAGAAAAGGUGGCUUCAGGCGAUGUGGUUGACAACAUUACCUCAAAGGAUGCCGGCAAUGGAGAUGUUCAUGAUAUGGAAGAAGCGUCAUCUACCGCCCCAAAGACUGGCAGCUCGUUAGCAGUGGUCCAGCCCGUCGCAGAUGAGAAUACCUGCCAACCUGCAUCACGCCCCAAAGACAGUCAAACUCCAAAGAGCAACGCAGCAUCGGCUUCACCAUUUGAUUCAAGAAGCCCGCUGAGGACGGCAGGUCCAAGAAUCACAGUUUCAUCCCCACUGGCACUACCUGGGCAUUUGAUUGCGCCGGAAGUGAUAAAUAGAGGAGUCCUAAAUAACAUGCCAGCUCCUGGUCAGUUGUUGCACACAAAAUUUGUGGCAGGAGCCAACAACAUCCUAGCAAAGAUAGACAAAUGUUCACCAGACACGAUCAAGUCCUGGUUGCAGGCAAAAGGUUUCGGCCUAGUUCCCUUAUAA